AUGUUUAUUGUAACAGCUGUUCUUAUGAUAUAUAUUGUAUUUAUGAUCAAAAAGGAAGAUGUUAAAAAUAUUAUGGAGAAAGUGAAAUACGAUUGGGACACCGUAAAAACGAUCCAUGAACAAAACUUACUGAAAAAAUAUGCGAAGAUAGGAAAACACUACAUCAAUACGUUCAGUCGUAAGAUAAUAACAAUUGUUCAGUUUGUUACAUACUCUUGUUUAGCCGUCACAUGGCUGACUCCGUUUACCAACGAACUGCUCGAUUUAGUGAAACCCUUGAACGAAUCACGUUCACGUAAAUUUCCAAUUCUCGUGGAAUUAUUUAUUGAUCAAGAAAAAUUUCAUUACCCUAUUUCUUUCAUAUUUAAUUUGUUGCUUUUAAUGAGUUGCAUAUGUAUCAUCGCGACUCAAUACGUCACCAUCAUGUGGUAUCAACAUGUUGUGAGCCUCUUUGAAAUUAUUAGGUGCCGUACUAACGAAGCGUUUACCUACGUUUCUUUAUCCAUUCAUGUCUCUGAAAGAACUUCUAAAAUGAUGAACAUUUUAACGAUUUUAACGAAAUUAAUACCAAAUUUUUCUUUUGGUAUUCAAAGAUUUCUAGAUUAUAUCCUAAGCAAAUUUAGGGUAUUGUACUUUAUUCUCGUUGGAAGCAGUGUGGUAGUGCUCAGUAUAUGUUUCUUUUUCAUUUUCCAAGCAUUUAUGUGUCGUACUUACGAUAAUGAACAUUUGUUCGUAACAGCGGCUCUUUGCUUAAUAGUCUACUUGUUUUACUGGAAUUAUUUGAUUCAACAGGUGAUAGAUAGUUAUAAUAACGUUUUUAUUCAGCUGUAUACUGUAGAUUGGUAUAAUGCACCUUUAUGCGUACAAAAAUUAAUCUUAACGAUGAUGAUAAGUUAUUCAAGGCAACAUGGUCGUACUUUAUGGUACUCAGUUCAACCCAAACGAGAAAUUAAUUAACGGAAG